ACUCGUAGUCCCGCAUUAUUAUUUCAUAUUAUAUUUUGUUACACUAGUCUCCGCAACAACGGCGAUAUUAUUAAUUCAUAAUACUACCAUAUAUUCUAUUAAAACUAGUUUUUGUUGGUGCAAAAUCGCCGCCGCCGUCGUCGUCGUCGCCCCGUCGAUGUGAUAACGUAUAGCAGCCAUAUUUGUAUAUUGUGUGUAAUGUGUGUGUGUGUGUAGCUUAGGCCGUCCGUCCGCCGCCGUCGUCGUCGCAGCCAGUCACAGCAGCAGCAGUGAGCAGCGCAGCUAUAGCAAAAGUCGCCGUCUUUCAGUGUGCAAUAAUUAUUUAUUAUUAUUAUAUUUCAUUGUAUAGAAUUCCCCAACGGUAUCUGUGCGCGUCGUGUCCCCCAGCAGCAGCUGUUUGUUCGUCGGGAUUAACGAAAAUAUUUUAUUAAAGUGUAAACCAGUUAUCACACAGCCGACGUACGACGUUUCCGAAUAUAUACAGAUUUUAGCCGAAUACACAAUAUUAUAGUGGUAAUACGCCCCGUCCGCCGCCGCCGCCGUCGUCGUCACCUUUGCCUAUUUUUUGUGUGUAAUAUCAGCACACACACACACACCGCACACGGAAACCGACCGAAGAAGAAAACAAUUACAAAUUUGUAAUAUGAGUCCAGACUACGAUUACCUGUUCAAAUUGCUUUUGAUCGGCGACUCAGGCGUCGGUAAAUCGUGUCUUCUCCUACGGUUUGCAGAUGACACAUACACCGACAGCUACAUCAGCACCAUCGGAGUAGAUUUCAAAAUCCGUACGAUUAGAUUGGACAACAAAACUGUUAAGCUCCAAAUAUGGGACACCGCCGGACAAGAACGGUUCAGGACCAUUACGUCGUCGUACUACAGAGGCGCUCACGGCAUCAUUGUCGUUUACGACUGCACGGACAUGGAGACGUUCACAAAUCUCAAACAAUGGCUCGAGGAAAUAUCUCGGUACGCGUGCGAGAACGUCAACAAAUUACUGGUGGGCAACAAGUGCGAUAUGACCGACAAGCGGGCAGUCGAAGAAGCAACGGCCAAGGAAUACGCUGAUCAUUUGAAAAUACCGUUUUUGGAGACAUCGGCCAAGAACGCCACAAACGUGGAAUUGGCGUUUUUGACGAUGGCCAGCGAGAUUAAGAACCGGAUAGGUCCCCAGGACGGCCAGUCCGUAGGUGGACCGGAAGCUGGCAAGGUGACAAUAGAUUCUUCAAACAAGAACGCCGAAACUCAAAGCGGAUGUUGUUAAGUCGCGCGUCGUGGUGUACCAAAGAGGAUGGAUAUUAUUAUUAUUUUUUUUAAUUUUUACAACUAAAGCCAAGCAAAAAAAAAAAUUAUUUAUGUAUGGAAAAGAAAAAAAUACAAGCUAUAUAGAAAACCAGUUGUGGUCGCAAAUUUAUUAUUAUAUUAUAUUAUUAUUUUAUUUUAAUUUUUUUUUUUCUCUCGUCUUUUAAUAAUUGUUGUGUACUAUUUAUAUUCAACAAUGAGUAUUGUCAUUAUUUUUCAAAAUGUUUUUUUUUUGAUUUCAUAUUUAUCAUAUCCCUCCUCGUCCACACUUUUAAUGGAUGAAAAAAAAAACAAUAUUAUACUUAUUUUUUAUUUUCACUGUCCAUUCCCCCCCCUCCCCCACUUUAUACACCGGAGUAAUAAAAAAAAAAUGAUAUAUAUUUAUAUAUAUAUAUAUAUAUGUACUAUGCAACACUAUACUCUAUAUAUAUUAUUUAAAUAAUGUUUAUAUACACAUAUAUUAAUUUGUCCUUAGGAAUUUUUUCUUUUUUUUUGUGUUACACUUGCAUACGACAUGUAUACACGGUGUUAGUUAAAAAUAUUGUAUGUAAGUACGUGUAUGUAUAUACAUAUACAUAUAUAUAUAUAUUUGUGUAUUAAAUUUUCAAUUAUUUGAUAUGUAUUAUUUAAAUACAAUUAUUAUACAAAAACAUGCGUAUUGCCGAAUAUAAUAAAAGUCAAAAGCCGA